AUGACCCAAUCCAAAACGCACUGCAGGGCGGAGGAGGUGUUUGUGGGCAGCGCACUCAGCACCCAGCCCGGCGGCCUCGCCGCCGCGGGCGCCCGCGACCGCGGCGGCCGCCCCCGCGGCCGGCGUGAUGCGGCUGCGGCGGCGGCGGGGGAGGCGGCGGGUGAAGCAGGGGCGGCAGGGGCCGUUGUCGGCGGCGGCGCGGAGGUGGGGCACGGGGGUGACAGCAUCGCGGCGCUCAAGGCGUGGGCGGUCAGCAAGCUGCCCGAGGGGCCAACACUCUACCCAAAGGAUAUGGUCAGCGAGCAGCCUGAGCGGUUCUUCGUGAGCGAGAUCAUCCGGGAGAAGAUCUUUUUGAUGUACGACCAGGAGAUUCCCUACGCCACGCAGGUCCAGAUCGCCGAGUUCAAGGAGCGCCCCGGCGCCAAAGAUUACGUAAUGGCGACUGUCCUCGUGGAGCGGCCCGGGCAGAGGGGCAUCCUGCUUGGCGCCGGCGGCGCCGCCCUGAAGAAGCUGGGCAGCGAGGCGCGCCGCGACAUUGAGGAGUUCCUGGGGCGCCCCGUGUUUCUGGAAAUCAGCGUGCAGGUGGCGCCCGACUGGCGGCAGCAGUCUGACAGGCUGAAGGAGUACGGCUACUUUGACCCGCUGUACGUGUCGUGA